ACCGACAGGCCGCUGGGGUCGGGAGACUGCCGAGUCCUUUCUCUUCCCCAAGUGCAGACAGAGCCCCCUGGAGCCAUGGCCAGCCCUUCUGACAGCCCCGAAGACUCGGGCAAGCUCCGAGGCAGGGAUGGCCGGCAGAGGAGGGAGGAGGAGGAGGAUGCCCCUCCGGAGGAGAAGAGAUUGAAGCUGGGGCUGGAGGGAGGAAGCGCAGCGCAGGAGGAAGGAGAAGACGCGCCACGUCUGGGCAGGGAAGAGACCGGCACCCAGACAGGUGGCGAAGGCAGAGGUGAUAUACCGUCCCUGCCAUAUGACCUGGUUGAGGGUCAGGACUACAAAUCUGAGAACUCCACCCUCCUCUCCAGUGCCAGGAACAGUCUAGAAGACUCAGUUUUGACGAGCCUGGCUACCAGCAAAGCUGAGGACACUGCUCAAAGAACUCAUGCCAGUGGAACUUACGGCUUCCUUGAUCGGACUCAGCAUUCAGAUAUCAAAGCAGACUGCAAUACCUGUGUGGAAAUAGAGGACAGAAAGGUUUCAAGACAACAGAUGAAUUGUGAAAGAGAGCAGCUAAGGGGUAAUCAGGAAGCAGCAGCUGCCCCGGACACAAUGGCUCAGCCUUACGCUUCAGCCCAGUUUGCUCCCCCUCAGAACGGCAUCCCAGCGGAAUACACGGCCCCUCACCCCCAUCCCGCGCCAGAGUACACGGGCCAGACCACCGUCCCCGAGCACACGUUAAACCUGUACCCUCCCGCCCAGACGCACUCGGAGCAGAGCGCAGCGGACACCAGCGCGCAGACCGUGUCGGGCACCGCCACACAGACAGAUGAUGCGGCACCAACGGAUGGCCAGCCCCAGACACAACCUUCCGAAAACACAGAAAACAAGUCCCAGCCCAAGCGGCUGCACGUCUCCAACAUCCCCUUCAGGUUCCGGGAUCCGGACCUCCGACAAAUGUUUGGCCAAUUUGGUAAAAUCUUAGAUGUUGAAAUUAUUUUUAAUGAGCGAGGCUCAAAGGGAUUUGGUUUCGUAACUUUCGAAAAUAGUGCCGAUGCGGACAGGGCGAGGGAGAAAUUACACGGCACCGUGGUAGAGGGCCGUAAAAUCGAGGUAAAUAAUGCCACAGCACGUGUAAUGACAAAUAAAAAGACUGUCAACCCUUAUACAAAUGGCUGGAAAUUGAAUCCAGUUGUGGGUGCGGUCUACAGCCCCGAGUUCUAUGCAGGCACGGUGCUGCUGUGCCAGGCAAACCAGGAGGGAUCUUCCAUGUACAGUGCCCCCAGUUCACUUGUAUAUACUUCCGCAAUGCCCGGCUUCCCGUAUCCAGCCGCCACCGCCGCGGCCGCCUACCGAGGGGCGCACCUGCGAGGCCGUGGCCGCACCGUGUACAACACCUUCCGCGCCGCAGCGCCCCCGCCCCCGAUCCCGGCCUAUGGCGGAGUAGUGUAUCAAGAGCCUGUGUAUGGCAAUAAAUUGCUGCAGGGUGGUUAUGCUGCAUACCGCUACGCCCAGCCGACCCCUGCCACUGCCGCUGCCUACAGUGACAGAAAUCAGUUCGUCUUCGUUGCAGCAGAUGAAAUUUCUUGUAACACCUCUGCAGUUACGGACGAGUUUAUGCUGCCGACCCCUACCACCACACACUUGCUCCAGCCCCCACCUACAGCGUUGGUGCCAUGAAUGCUUUUGCACCCUUGACUGAUGCCAAGACUAGGAGCCAUGCUGAUGAUGUGGGUCUCGUUCUUUCUUCAUUGCAGGCUAGUAUAUACCGAGGGGGAUACAACCGUUUUGCUCCAUACUAAAUGACAAAACCAUUAAAACCUUCCAAUGUGGGGAGAGAGGAAGCUUUCCGAGGCCUGGGUAUUGCAAUACACGCAGUAGUACAUCAUUUUAGCAGCUCUAAAAAUAAAAAAAAAAAAAAAAAAAGGAAAAAAAUUACAUUUUUUAUCUUAUACCUCAGAUAUUUUGUUCUGUGUAUUUUAAUAUUGUGGGUCUUUAAUUUCUGAAGGUUCCGUAGUUUGGUUGCUGGCUGUAGGAGUUUUUGUGGUUGAACUAGAGAGACGCUAGCUAUGAAUAAAAACCGGUUUAGGGCCAUAUCCAGAGUGCUAUAUCAUGUAAAUGAAUUCUAUAUGCUGAAUCUUAAGCUACUGGGGUUAUCAGCUGUCUGGGAAGAGUGUAAGUGACUACAAUAGUCAUUUUUUUCUGCAUCUGCUUUAUUUUCUUUUACGAGCGGGGAAGGGUGGGGGGGGAGGGUCUUAGGGGACGGGGACCGGGAUUUGGGCUAAAAGGAAACCCAGAAUAGUAACUGACGAAUCCAAACGACCCACUGCACCAACAAUCAUAUGUCAGCGGUUCUAAGUUACUCAUUGAGUUCAAGCCAAAGGUUAUGUUGUUUAAGGGAGUGCUUCUCCAAGCACUUUGUGCAUCCAAGUUGAAGUUGAAUGAAGCUGUGCAAACCCACCCUUUAAACCAUUCCACUUGGCCGUUUUCAGCUUCUCAACCAGCCGCUAGUUAUUUAGGCAAAAACUGCUAGUUAGGCCAUCAACAAGCAUUCUUUUUAUAUUUCUUCCAGUAUAAUAAAUUAUUGAUAUCAUUGCUGACUUUUAUAUUACGGGAGGGAAAAAAAAAUAACAUUAAUAAAAAGGUGAUAAAAAAGCACUGUUUCUAUUUUUUUCUUUUUUUCCAAAAAAAGAAAGUAAUAAAAACUUAAAUUCUUUGUACCAGUUAAAAAAAAAAUGUAUAAAAUUUACAUCUGUGCAGUGGCGUUGUUAAGUUCUAGAAACAGUCUAUGAAGCUUUAGUUUUAGCCUAGUAGAGCAACUGUUAGAGACAGAUGUAUAAUUUUUAUGGAAUUACAUGAUAAUCAUAUUCGGAUUUAUAGAAGCAUUUUACAAGUAUUGCAAUCAUUGAGUAGAGAUAAUCAUGGUAUUUUCAUCAGCUUGGUACUUUUUGAAACAUGACUGUGUUGUGUGAGCAAUCUGCAAUUUUUCCGUCCAUGAGAGCCUGCCCUCCUCCUCCUCCUGGUCCCCGAGGAGUCUCUCAAACCAGUAUCUUUAGUUCCGUCUCCAAGGCCCAGGACACUCGUCAGAAGGAAGCAAAAAAAGUAGGUUUCACCCUCCUCUCCCCAUACCCCCCCGCAAGAACAAAAGCUCCGUCCCCCCUACUUCCCCCAAGCAGGGCCAGAGUGACAGCCGAAAAAUUGCAGUUUGUACUACUUCUGUUUGAACUCUUUCCAUGUUGUCCUGUUUACAAGUUAACCUAAGUUGGGGUAUCUGUCACGGGUCUUCCUGUUUUUGUAUUUAAAUGAAAAACAAACAGCGGCCAGCCGCCUCCAGUAGUCCCGCUGCCAUAGGUCAGUCUCCUUGUGUACAGCGUAGGCCCUAUGGCGCGCCCCUCAGCCGAUUAUCAACUCACCGCUGUGGACCUGCCAAUCCGCUUUAACAACUCUGCUUUCAAACAAAACCAAACAAAACUUUAAAAAAAAAAAAAAA